AUGGAUCAAGAACGCGAUGUGCCCGAGCAGACGUCUUCAGUCGCUCCCCAAGCCAACCCGGCUCCCCCUGAGCCGCCGGCACAACCUAUGAGCAAGGAAGCUCAGGGCGGUGGCGUGUACCGCGCUGGCCUGAGCGAUUUGGCUGAUCUAGGAGCAGAAGGGCGUUAUUUGGAACUGGCUCAGAGCGCCGAGUUGAUCGAUCUAAACUGUCAAGGCGAUCGAAAGCAAGAACGCUUAUUUGUCGUCGCUCCCUUGGUCCUUGCAUAUCUGAUUGUGGAUGACCUAUCCUCUGCAAGCUACGCAAUCGCCCGUCUUCCUAAUAACCUCACAUCCCUUUCGCUCGUCCAAGCGCUGCUCGGUCUGGUUGCAUCAGUCACGGACCGUGAAUAUGCGCAAAUUUAUAGUCGCGCAGAGCAGUUAUACACGCUGGAUGUACCGGAUGAAAUAUUUGCCAAACUCUUUAGGCAAAUGGUCAGAGCAUUCGUUGAGCAUUUCCGUCAAAGAACCGCCAUUCUUCUUGCGAAAGCAUACACCUCGAUCCCAGCAUCACUUACCUCCAAGUACCUUGGUCUUCCAACCGAACAGUUGCCUCAAGCCUCUGCGGUCCAGAACUGGACGUUUGAUUCUGCUUCCCAAAUACUCACCCCUCGAGCCAUCUCAAAUCCGGCUUCUCCAGGCGCGGUUAUAGGAGCGCCAUCGACUUUGGCGACAUUCGACCACAUCACGAGCGCUGUGUCGACCAUGGAGGCGUAA